GACAGAAAAGAAAAACCCACACCGUGUUUUUUGUGGGUGUUUCACAUCAUCCAUGGCCCAAACAUGUUUUAUUUCACAGUUUAUUUGGUAAAAACAUACACUUUCAUACCGUACUCAAUACAAAACAACAAUUAAUAGUACUUCUUUCUUAAUACAACAUUUAGAUUACAACUAUGAUGUCUUCGUCCUUCCCAAACCCUAGGGAUACUUCUCUGUCAGAUCACCUGAUCCAUACCAAACCAAAUGGGGAGUCCUCAUUUUUUACCGGAAACACCAUCCUCACCGUCCCAGCUAGCUUAUUGUUCAUCUUGAUAUCCUGUAUGGGUUCGAUCUCUCCAUCUAUGAACCCGUACAAGACAAUCCUUUCCGUGGUUAAGGCUUCUAUGGCAGUCGGUUGCAUAGGUGCGUUGUUGGCGAUGUUCAUGCGCCGCCAGGGCUAUCCAGGCGUUGCUCGAUGUAUUCAGUAUGUGGGCGGAUUAGCUUACGCGUUCGGAUUCUUGGGUAUCGCAAGCAUAUUCCUCCCUGCGACGAUGAUCUGUUGGGUUUUGUUGCCUGCCGGUGGUUUGAUCUUCAUAGCUUUCAAGAUGAGAUUGGUGAUGGACAUUCGUGAUUCAGCAUGAUGUGGUCAUUGAAGAUAAAAGUUUAUGGUCAUUCGGUGUGUUGUUCUUGUUGGACAUUCAGAUAAAUUUUGAAGUUGUUAUAUUUGGGAUUGGUGACAUUUUGGAAUUGUUAUGUUUGGGAUGGUUGGAUAUUUAAAAAUAUUUUGGAAUUGUCAUGUUUGGGAUGGUUGGAUAUUUAAAAAUGUUUUGGAAUUGUUAUGUUUUGGAUUGUUUGAUAUUUGAAUACAUUUACAAUUGUUUGAUA